AGCGACAAAAGCUAGAGUUACGAUGCGUUGAUAAAAAUUCGAAUACUUCGGAUUAAAUUUAGUUUUAUAUUUUUGUAUAAUUGACAAAUAUUCUAAAAUGUGUGCCCGUUUAUUAAUCUGCAUAGUUAUGAUCGCGCUCUGCGCGAUAAAUCAAUCGGAUGCUGUGUUGACGAUGGAACAAAUUCAGAAGACCGCGAUGACUCUUCGAAAUACAUGUAUAUCUAAAUCCCACGCAGAUGCCGAGGCUGUCGAAGGAAUGCAAACGGGCCAAUUUCCGGAAGGCAAUCAACCAUUAAAAUGCUACACACUCUGCGUAAUGAAAGCGAUGCGAACUUGGAAGGGUGGACGCAUAGAUGAUGGCAUGAUGAUUAAACAGUUGGAUCUAAUGAUGCCUGCCGACCUGGCUGGACCUAUAAAAGCAUCUGCAACUGCAUGCGCAAACGUGUCUCCUGGUAGCGACGAUUGCGACACGACUUAUAAAUUUGUAGAAUGUUGCUAUAAAAAUGAUAAGGAUCACUUUUUCUUCCCUUAAUUAACAUCGAAUGCAGAAAAGUUUGGAAAAAAAUAUAAUUACAGAAAACGAAGAAUUGUGAUUAUUUUUGCAAUACUAUGUAAGCAUAACCUGAGAAAUAUAAAAGAAUAUUAUACUAAUAAAUAAUAUACAAUAGAAAAAAUUACAAAAUUUGUGAGCAAAUAGAUUACAAUACGUAGUAAUUGUAUCUUAGAAAAAAAUUAUGCAAUAAUUAUGCGCGUUAGUGCAUUAUAAUUAAUAAAUAGUUUAUCUUAAGUAUAUGAAAGUAGCUGUUAAAAUUUUACGUUGGUCAAAGCGCUGUUCAGAAAAGACUAAAGUAUAGUUACACAAUAUUAAAAUAUCUUUAUUCAAAAUUAUACUUUUCGAAACAAA